GUGGGUUUGCCUAUGACACAAUUACAACAACUUUGAGCUGGUGGUUGGGGGAAGUUUGUGAUAUUACCAAAUAACACCCCGUUUUAAAAACCUGAUUCUACAGCACGCUAUGCAUCACACGGAAUUGGUUGCAUAUUACUAUUUACUGUAAAACAAUGUAAAGACCGUCCGGAGGGCUUGUUUUCCUGGAGGAUUGAGCAACCAUUCUUUCACAUUUUUAAUCCUGGGGGAAAGUUGCUUUUCCCAAAAAUAUUUUCGGUUGCUUUUUAAAUUUGGUGGAGUUCCCCGUUUGCUCCUCCAUUGCGUUUCCAUGAAAUCGUGCGGAGUGUCGCUCGCCGCUGCUGCCUGCGCCGCUGCUCGAAGUCUCGGCGCUGCUGGUGAUGAGGAAAAGAAAAUGGCGGCGGGAAAAGCGAGUGAAACCGAAGAGGACUUUCCGAGGCUGACAACGCAGGAGAGGAACAGCUUGGCCGGAAUAGACAGCCGACUGUUUGGAUUUCAAAGGCUUCAUGAAGAUGGCGCCAGAACGAAGGCCUUGCUGUUAAAGGCUGUUCGCUGCUACGAUUCUCUCAUCUUGAAAGCUGAAGGAAAAGUUGAACCAGAGUUAUUUUGCCAGCUAGGUCACUUCAACCUCCUCCUGGAGGAUUACCCAAAAGCAUUAUCAGCAUACCAGAGGUACUACAGUUUACAGUCUGACUACUGGAAGAAUGCUGCCUUUUUGUACGGCCUUGGGAUGGUUUACUUCCAUUACAAUGCAUUUCAGUGGCCAGUGCAGCCCUCCCCUACUGAUGCCCACUCUGGACAGAGAAGGGCGAUAAAAGCGUUUCAGGAAGUGCUUUACAUCGACCCCAACUUCUCCCGGGCCAAGGAAAUCCACCUGCGGCUCGGUGUGAUGUUCAAGGUUAACACAGACUACGAGUCAAGCCUAAAGCAUUUUCAGCUGGCUUUAAUUGACUCAACCCCCUGCACUUUGUCAAAAGCUGAAAUUCAAUUUCACAUCGCUCAUUUGUAUGAAAUUCAGAAGAAGUACCGUGCUGCGAAAGACGCGUAUGAGGCACUUCUACAGGCUGAAAAUCUUCCUGCACAGGUGAAGGCGACUACCCUGCAACAGUUGGGCUGGAUGCAUCACACGGUGGAUCAGUUGGGAGAUAAAGCCAACAAGGACAGCUAUGCUAUACAGUGUCUGCAGAAGUCACUAGAAGCAGACCCCAACUCUGGACAGUCCUGGUACUUUCUUGGCAGGUGCUACUCGAGUAUUGGGAAAGUCCAGGAUGCCUUCAUUUCCUACAGGCAGUCCAUCGACAAAUCAGAAGCCAGCGCGGACACAUGGUGUUCAAUAGGCGUGCUGUAUCAGCAGCAGAACCAGCCUAUGGACGCCCUGCAGGCGUACAUCUGCGCGGUUCAGCUAGACCACGGUCACGCGGCGGCCUGGAUGGACCUGGGCACCCUGUACGAGUCCUGCAACCAGCCUCAGGACGCCAUCAAAUGCUACAUCAAUGCCACCCGGAGCAAGUCCUGCACCAACAGCUCCGCUCUCGCUACCCGCAUCAAAUGCCUACAGGCUCAGUUGUGUAACCUUCAACAAAGUAGUCUACCGAGUAAAAGUAAAAUGGUUCCUAGUGUUGAGGAGGCAUGGAGCCUACCAAUCCCAGCAGAACUUACCUCCAGGCAGGGCGCCCAGAUCGCAGCACUGCAGGCCUGCAAGCCCAGUCAGAGUACUGAAGGUGGGGGUCUGAGCCAGCCGCCCACAACGCCCCACACGCUGCCUCCGCACGCGGGCCCCUUGGGCCAGGGCGACGACCAGUCCAGCCCCGCCAAGAGGAAGCGCACGUCCAGCCCGGCCAAGAAUUCUACAGAUUCCUGGGUACACAAUACUCCUGUACAACAGCAGGUUCCAAACUGGUACUUAACGCCGCAGAAGCUACAGCUCCUGGAUCAGUUACGGACUAACAAGGCAAGCCUGAAGCCGCUGCAGGUGCAGAUGCUGGAGCAGCUGGAGAAUCAGUUUGCUCUCAUGCAGCAGCAGAUGAGACAAAAUGCGGCGGGACUGGUGCGCCCCAGCAUUCCCAACGGCCCCACGCUCAGCUCCUCACUGCCUAACAACCCCCCGCCUCCCGCCCAGCAGCCUCACCCACACCCCCCACAGCCGGUCCGCCUCCCCUGCGCCAACGGACCCUUCCCGCUCGGCCCGGCCCCCUGCAGCGCAGCCGGGAAGCCGGGCGGCGCAGACACUAUUUCUGUAGGCAAUAAUCACACGACAGGAAUGGGAAGCAACGGAAACGUGCCUUACCUGCAGCGAAACGCACUACCUCACAACUGCACAACCCCGACCAGCAGCGGCAGCGCAGGCGAGCUGUGGAAAACCCAACACGUUAACUCCUCUCAGGGGCUUCACAAAGGUCCAGGUUCGCAUUCGGCAGGUCCCAAUGGCGAAUGGCCUUUCUCUUCCACUGGCACUCCCGCCCCGCCUUUCCAGGCAGCUGGAACCAGUAUUCGAAAUCAGGUCGGACAUUCCACCGCGCCUAGCGAUUCGUUACUGCAGAGGGCCGCUCUCAAUCACCUGUCCUCUCCUCCUCCUCCUCCUACUCCUCCUCCUCCUCACACUGCUACCUCAGGUGGACAGCAAGGCAUUACCUUAACCAAAGAGAGCAGGCCUUCAGGAAACGGCCCUCCGCCGGGGCCUGAGGGCAGCAGGCAUUCCGGGGCGAGGCCUAACAGCACCGCCGCUGUAGAGGGACUCCCUAAUCACGUCCCCAGGGCGACGUCGGGCCCUCUCGCCGACCCCAGGUCACCAGGUGUACUUAGUUCAGACAAUCCUCAGCCCUCCGCCUCGUCGGGCGGGGGGAAAGCCGCGGUCGCCGGGGCGCCCGCCAAGGUCAACAACAUCCACCCGGCCCUGCACGGCCCGAAGACCCGCGACAGCUCUGCGGCCUCCUCGCCCGCAUCGGCCAUGUCCACGGCCACCCCGUCCCCCAAGUCCACCGAGCAGGCCGGGGCCCCCAGCCCCGGGUCGGGCCCCACGGUGAACGGCCAGGGGCCCGAGGCCUCGCGGAGCCCCCCCAAGGUGGAGGAGCCCGCCUCCCACGCCCACAAGCCGGGGCAGCUAGCGCUGGCGCCCUGGUCAUCGGUGUCCAUCUACCCCAGCUCCACGGACGUGCUGAAAGCCUGCAGAAAUCUGGGCAAGAACGGUAUGUCGUCUAACAGUAGCAUCUUUUUGGACAAGUGUCCCCCUCCACGGCUCCCUGCUCCCCCCUUCCCUGCACUGCCAAAGGACAAGUUGAACCCCCCCACCCCCAGCAUAUAUCUGGAGAACAAGAGAGACGCUUUCUUUCCACCUCUGCACCAGUUCUGCACAAACCCAUCCAACCCUGUGACAGUGAUCCGGGGACUGGCAGGAGCGCUCAAACUGGACUUGGGGCUGUUCUCCACCAAGACCCUGGUGGAAGCCAACCCGGACCACCUGGUGGAGGUGCGCACCCAGAUGUCGCAGCCCACGGACGAGAACUGGGACGCGACAGGCACCAGGAAGAUGUGGCGCUGCGAGAGCAGCCGCUCACACACCACCAUCGCCAAAUACGCGCAGUACCAGGCCUCCUCCUUCCAGGAGUCCCUACGGGAGGAGAAUGAAAAGAAGGGGCAGAAAGAGCACUCGGACAACGAAUCCACAUCCCCGGAGAGCGUGGCCCGAAGGAGGAGAGGUCCAUUUAAACACAUCAAGUUUGGAACGAACAUAGAUCUAUCGGACGAGAGGAAGUGGAAGCUACAGCUCCAUGAGCUCAGUAAGCUCCCAGCCUUCGGGCGGGUGGUGUCUGCUGGGAACCUGCUCAGUCACGUGGGUCACACCAUCCUGGGGAUGAACACCGUGCAGCUCUACAUGAAGGUGCCCGGCAGCAGAACACCAGGCCACCAAGAAAACAACAACUUCUGCUCGGUUAACAUCAACAUUGGACCAGGGGACUGUGAAUGGUUUGCCGUGCCAGAGCCAUUCUGGGGCGUCAUGAACGAUUUCUGUGAAAAGAAUAACAUUAAUUUCCUGAUGGGUUCAUGGUGGCCCGACCUGGAGGACCUGUACGAGGCAAACGUGCCGGUUUACCGGUUCAUCCAGCGGCCGGGGGACCUGGUGUGGAUCAACACGGGCACGGUGCACUGGGUGCAGGCCAUAGGCUGGUGCAACAACAUCGCCUGGAACGUGGGCCCGCUGACAGCACAUCAGUACAAACUGGCGGUGGAGCGGUACGAGUGGAACAAACUGCAGAACGUCAAGUCGAUCGUCCCUAUGAUCCACCUCUCCUGGAACAUGGCCAGGAACAUCAAGGUUUCCGACAACAAGCUCUUUGAGAUGAUCAAGUUCUGCUUGUUGAGGACCCUGAAGCAGUUCCAGAUGGUGAAGGAGGCUCUCCUGGCUGUGGGCAAAGAGGUGGUCUGGCACGGGAGGGCCAAAGACGAGCCUGCUCACUACUGCAGCAUCUGCGAGGUGGAGGUGUUCAACCUGCUGUUCGUCACGAGCGAGAGCAACUCACGGAAGACCUACGUGGUGCACUGCCAGGGCUGCGCCCGCAAGGCCAGUACGGACCUGGGGAGCUUCGUGGUGCUGGAGCAGUACAAACUGGAGGACCUGAUGCAAGUCUACGACCAGUUCACCUUAGGUGUGCAGAGCCUGUACCACAAGGGGACGAUUAACAGAAUACCCAGCUACUCUCGACAGUGCAGUGAGGUUCCUCCAUUGCCCUCAUCCUCAUCUUGACAUUAACAUUUAUUGUUCUGUGGGCAGUAUACACGGACUAAAUGAACCAUUUCUGAUAUUCAGGAAGGGACCAGGUGCUGUACCACUGGUUUCUGUAGCUAUCCCACAAGGCUGCUGGCUGAAAGCUCUGUCUAUGCAACCUGCCAAGUGUGCAGUGUCAACCCCUACUGGACAGGAGCGGGUACUGCUCCUUCUCCAGGACUAUUUCAAAGCUGGUUCAGCUCUACUUCUAUUGAGAGAAAAAUACCAUAAAAUGUUUUGUAUAUAUUCUGUCAACUGGCAACACCACACAAAGACUACUGAUUUUCUCUUUUUGUAUUCUGUUUAUGGGCUGAGAAAUUACCUUUUUCCCCCCCUCUCACUGAAAAUGUCCCCCUCAAAUGAGUACUAGCUUAGCUGGUGGUCUUUUGUAUCAUAGAUAGAACUUUGAAGUCUCUUUGGGCAACAAAAUCUACAAAAAAAAAGAAAACAAAAAAAAACAUUUGUAAUGUGAAGACUUAGGUGAUCUUUUUUUUUUCUUUUUCUUUUUUUUUUUAACGGCUUUUAUGUUAGUCUUAUUUUCAUUAUAUAUUUUUUUGUUAAAGUGGGAAAAAAUCAGAAAGAAUAACAGCCAAGGCUCAAAGACAAACGAGUUGCACAUAGACUAAGGAUAAUUUAAUUUGUUGUGAUUUAUUUUGUUUUGUUUCUAAUCUUGAUGUAAAUUUACACUAUUUAUAAAUACAUAUUUAUUGCUUGAAAAUAUUUGUGGAUGGAAUGCUGUUAUUUUUUCCAGAGUACCUGCCAUGAAAUUUUAAGGAGUUGUAAUUUUAUUACUCCUAUUAUGUUUUCUAUAUAUAAAUAAAACUGCUUAGUAAGCAUUGUACAGAUACAUUAAAAUUGUUUUAUUGUUUGAAGGAUGUUUUAUGAGUUAUUAAACCAAAAUUGUUACAAUAUUA